AUGGGCACAGGUGGUGGGACGCGAAUACCACUAUGGAUAUCAAUGCUAGCACUUGCCUUCAUACAGAUCAAAGUUCAAGCCCAGGAUGAUGAACAACAAACAAAAGCAAACUACAUUUCUCCAUCCAUCUUGCAGCAACAAAAACAUUUUCCACCAGCUUCAAAAUCCCAAGAAGUGACAAUCAUUCCACCUUUUCAAAACACACUGAAAGUAAAGGCUGGCAACCCCUCUCACAAUGGCCGUGUGUGCAGCACAUGGGGUAACUUCCACUUCAAGACCUUUGACGGGGACAUCUUUUACUUCCCUGGUGUCUGCAAUUACAUCUUUGCAUCCAACUGCAAAUCUCCCUAUGAGGACUUCAACAUCCAAAUUAGGCGUACAGUUGUGGAAAAUGCUACCGUAAUCACUCAUGUCAUCAUGAAGCUGGAAGGAGCAGUGAUUGAACUGACCCGCAGCUCUGUCCUGCUUGAUGGCAAAUUGGUUCAGAUGCCCUACAGCUAUAUGGGGAUCUUGAUAGAGAGAAGUAACAACUAUUUGAAAGUUUCUGCCAAGUUAGGACUGACCUUCCUUUGGAAUGAAGAGGAUGCCCUCCUGGUGGAACUAGAUAAGAAAUAUGCCAAUCAAACUUGCGGACUUUGUGGGGACUUCAAUGGAAUUCCAGUUAGCAAUGAAUUUAUUUCAGAGAACAUAAAACUGACUCCCAUACAGUUUGGGAAUAGGCAGAAGAUGGAUGGACCCACAGAGCAGUGUGCUGAUCCUAUUCCUCCUUCAUGUCCCGGGACUUGCAGUAUUGAAGGAGGCUCCCACAUUUCAACAUUUGAUGAGAAAUAUUAUUCCUUCUUUGGAGACUGUAGCUAUGUCCUAACCAAGCUCUGUGACAGCAAUGAAUUCACUGUUCUAGGAGAUAUCCGCAAGUGUGGCCUGACUGAAACUGAGACAUGCCUCAAGGGUAUAGCUGUCAGCCUAAGUGGAGGACAAACUAACAUUGUGAUCCAGCCUUCUGGCAGUGUAUUUGUGAAUAUGAUCUACACACGGCUGCCAUUCUCUGCAGCAAAUGUCACCAUCUUCAGACCAUCAUCUUUCUUCAUCUUUCUGCAAACAACCUUUGGUCUUCAGCUACAGGUUCAGCUCGUGCCUGUCAUGCAACUUUUUAUAGACUUAGACCCAUCACAUAAAGGGCAGACCUGUGGUCUUUGUGGAAACUUCAAUGACAUUCAGACAGAUGAUUUCAAAACCACCAGUGGUGUAGUAGAGGGUACUUCAGCUGCCUUUGGCAAUACUUGGAAAACUCAGGCUGAUUGCCCUGAUGCCAAAAAUACCUUUGAGAACCCCUGUACUGUCAGCAUACAAAAUGACCAGUAUGCUCAGCACUGGUGUGGACUGCUCUCUGACACCAUGGGACCUUUUGCUGAAUGUCACUCAACAGUGAAUCCGGAGGUUUACCAGAAGAACUGCAUGUUUGACACAUGUAACUGUGAGAAGAGUGAGGACUGCAUGUGUGCUGCCCUUUCCAGCUAUGUCAGGGCCUGUGCUGCUAAAGGAGUUCUCCUCACUGGAUGGAGGAGCAAAGCCUGCACAAAAUACACCACCUUGUGUCCGAAAUCCUUGAAGUACACUUACAAUGUCGAUUCCUGUCAACCCACGUGCCGGUCUCUGAGUGAGCCUGAUGUCACAUGCAGCAUCAAGUUUGUCCCAGUUGAUGGCUGCACCUGCAUAAAUGGAACCUACAUGGAUGAAAGUGGCAAAUGUGUGCCUGCUUCAAGCUGUCCUUGUUACUACAAAGGAACGCCUCUGUCUUCUGGAGAAGUUAUUCAUGAUAAUGGUGUUGUCUGCACUUGCACCUAUGGAAAGCUGAGCUGCAUUGGAGAGAAACCUGAACCAGUCUGUAUACCUCCCAUGGUCUAUACUGACUGUGGCAAUGUCACUGCAGAUGUAGUAGGAGCAGGAUGCCAGAAGAGCUGUCAGACUCUAGAUAUGGAAUGUUACAGUACCCGCUGUGUCUCUGGCUGCGUAUGUCCUCAUAACCAAGUGUUAGAUGGCAAAGGUGGCUGUAUAGCUCCAGAAGACUGUCCCUGUGUUCACAACGGGAAUUCCUACAAUCCAGGAGAAUCAAUCAGAGUUGGUUGUAACAACUGCACAUGCAGAAACAGAAAAUGGCACUGCUCUGAGGAACCUUGCCUGGAAACCUGUUCUGUUUAUGGAGAUGGGCAUUACACCACCUUUGAUGGCAAACGCUUUGAUUUUGAAGGCGACUGUGAAUAUGUUCUGGUCCAGAACUACUGUGGUCAACAAGGUAUGAAUCAGGGAACAUUCAGAGUCAUCACUGAGAACAUUCCCUGUGGCACUACAGGAACCACCUGCUCUAAGUCUAUUAAAAUUUUCCUGGGGAACUAUGAGCUGGUACUCAGUGAUGAACACUCUGAUGUCAUCCAGAGGGCACCUGGAGGAAAAAUGCCAUUCCAAAUCCGUUCCAUGGGCAUCUACUUGGUGGUUGACACUACUGUUGGUCUCAUACUCAUGUGGGACAAGAAAACCAGUAUAUUCAUCAAACUUAGUCCCAGCUUUCAGGGACAUGUCUGUGGACUUUGCGGAAACUAUGAUGGCAAUGGAAAUAAUGACUUCACUACUCGCAGUCAGUCUGUGGUAGGACAUGUGCUGGAGUUUGCCAAUAGCUGGAAGGUGUCUUCUAGUUGCCCAAAUGCCAAUCAUACCAAGGAUCCAUGCACUGCGAACCCAUACAGGAAAGCCUGGGCACAGAGGCAAUGCAGCAUUAUUACCAGUGAAGUGUUUGCAAACUGUCACUCCCAGGUUGAACCAAAUGAAUAUUAUCAAGCAUGUGUGGAUGAUGCUUGUGCAUGUGACACUGGAGGAGACUGUGAAUGUUUCUGUACAGCAGUAGCUGCCUAUGCUCAAGCAUGCAAUGAACUGGACAUCUGCAUUUCAUGGAGAACCCCAUCCAUUUGUCCUCUGUUCUGUGAUUACUACAAUCCACAAGGGGAAUGCGAGUGGCACUACAAGGCAUGUGGAGCCCCUUGUAUGAAGACCUGUAAUAAUCCAAGCGGGAACUGCCUUCAUGAGUUGAGAGGUUUGGAAGGCUGCUAUCCACACUGUCCAAAGAAUAAGCCCUAUUUUGAUGAAGAAACCAUGACUUGUGUUUCUAAUUGUGGUUGUUAUGAAAAUGGAAAAAAUUACAAACCAGGAAUGCAGAUGCCUUCCAAGCAGAAUUGUCAAUCAUGUGAAUGCACACAUGAUGGCGAAAAAUGCAGAUAUAAUGAAUAUGAAUGUGUCUGCAUUUAUGAGGGACAGAAAUACAACUACAAAGAUGUGAUCUAUGAUACUACAGAUGGCAUAGGAGCAUGUAUUGUUGCAACCUGUGGUCCCAAUGGAACAAUUCAAAGGAGUUACUUUGACUGUAGUACCUCAAUAUCACCCACAACGUCUCACUUCAGCUCUACACCACCUGCCACUACUUCCACAGUGUCACCAACUACAUCAGUAUGUGUUCAUGAAGUCUGUGAGUGGUCAGAAUGGUACGAUGGAAGUCUGCAAACCCCUGGCUACGAUGGUGGAGAUUUUGAAACCUUUAAUGAUUUGAGAGCUAAAGGUUAUGAAGUCUGUAAAUCUCCAAGGGAUGUUCAAUGCAGAGCAGAGAAAUUCCCUAAUAUACCACUGGAAGACCUUGGCCAAAAUGUAGAAUGCAGUACAAUAUCUGGGCUUAUAUGUUACAACAAAGAUCAAAUUUCAAAAAUGUGCAACAAUUAUGAAAUCAGAAUCUUAUGCUGUGUUUUUGAACCAUGCUCCUCCACAACACAUUUCAGCAUGUCAACACCAAUCACAACUGCAGCUACGAGCACAGAACCACCAAAUCCAACUGAAGAAAUUAGAUCAUUUUCAACCACUACAACAUCAUCAGUUUCUACAACUUCUGAAAGUACAACAUUCACACCAUCAGUGACUAAAAAAAGAACCACAACCACAACCGAAACAACACCACCUGUCACCACCUCUCAUUCAACAUCUAGUAGUUGCACUGAAGAAGAAUGUUACUGGUCAAUGUGGUAUGACGUCAGUUACCCAGGAUCUGGAUACAAUGAUGGAGAUUUUGACACAAUAGAGAAAAUUGAAAGUAAGGGAUACAAAGUAUGUGAAAAUAGACAGGAAGUUGAAUGCAGAGCAGUAAGGUUCCCUAACACACCAUAUCAACUCCUGGAGCAACAUAUAAUAUGUAAUACAGAAGAAGGGUUGAUAUGCUACAAUAAAGAUCAAUUACCACCAAUCUGUUACAAUUAUGAACUAAGAUUUAAAUGCUGUGAAAAUCGAACAGUACAGUGCAACUCAACUACAGCGCUCCCAACAACGACACAAAUAUCACACACAACAACGUUGACUACAGGAACUCUAAGUACAAUAUCCACAAAAGAGACAACAGAACACUUGCAGACAAAACACAAGACAACUGCAAGACCAACAUCACCAACAAAAACAGACCACAUUCAUAGACCAACAUCAAAAACAACAACACAAACCCAAAAAGGAACAGAAACAACGACAACCUCCACCACAGUCACGACCUCCACCUCCACGUCCUACUCCCCCACCACCCUGCCCACCUCCUCAGAAACCACAUCGCAAACCUACACCAGCACCACCAGCCCCACGACGACACCUACCCCGUCCUCCACCAGCGUGACCUCCACCACCACACACUCCACUACGCCCUGUGAAACCGAGGAGUGCUCCUGGAGCGAAUGGUUCGACGUCGACUUCCCCUCCUCGGGGCCCAGCCAGGGAGACUUUGAAACCUACCAGCACAUCCGGGCCGCCGGGAAGGAACUCUGUCAACGUCCAAAGGAAAUCGAGUGCCGGGCGGAGGACUACCCCGAGCUUCCCAUCCAAGACCUCGGACAGGUCGUGCAGUGCGACGUCCACUUUGGGCUGGUGUGCAAGAACGAGGACCAGACUGGCAAAUUUAAGAUGUGCCUCAACUACAAGAUCCGCGUCCUCUGCUGCACACUUCAGAACACUUGCCCAACCACCCUGCCGACCACCACCAGCCCCACCACCACCACCACCACCACCAGACCAACCAGCACCGCCCCAACCUCCACCACAGUCACGACCUCCACCUCCACGUCCUACUCCCCCACCACCCUGCCCACCUCCUCAGAAACCACAUCGCAAACCUACACCAGCACCACCAGCCCCACGACGACACCUACCCCGUCCUCCACCAGCGUGACCUCCACCACCACACACUCCACUACGCCCUGUGAAACCGAGGAGUGCUCCUGGAGCGAAUGGUUCGACGUCGACUUCCCCUCCUCGGGGCCCAGCCAGGGAGACUUUGAAACCUACCAGCACAUCCGGGCCGCCGGGAAGGAACUCUGUCAACGUCCAAAGGAAAUCGAGUGCCGGGCGGAGGACUACCCCGAGCUUCCCAUCCAAGACCUCGGACAGGUCGUGCAGUGCGACGUCCACUUUGGGCUGGUGUGCAAGAACGAGGACCAGACUGGCAAAUUUAAGAUGUGCCUCAACUACAAGAUCCGCGUCCUCUGCUGCACACUUCAGAACACUUGCCCCACCACCCUGCCGACCACCACCAGCCCCACCACCACCACCACCACCAGACCAACCAGCACCGCCCCAACCUCCACCACAGUCACGACCUCCACCUCCACGUCCUACUCCCCCACCACCCUGCCCACCUCCUCAGAAACCACAUCGCAAACCUACACCAGCACCACCAGCCCCACGACGACACCUACCCCGUCCUCCACCAGCGUGACCUCCACCACCACACACUCCACUACGCCCUGUGAAACCGAGGAGUGCUCCUGGAGCGAAUGGUUCGACGUCGACUUCCCCUCCUCGGGGCCCAGCCAGGGAGACUUUGAAACCUACCAGCACAUCCGGGCCGCCGGGAAGGAACUCUGUCAACGUCCAAAGGAAAUCGAGUGCCGGGCGGAGGACUACCCCGAGCUUCCCAUCCAAGACCUCGGACAGGUCGUGCAGUGCGACGUCCACUUUGGGCUGGUGUGCAAGAACGAGGACCAGACUGGCAAAUUUAAGAUGUGCCUCAACUACAAGAUCCGCGUCCUCUGCUGCACACUUCAGAACACUUGCCCAACCACCCUGCCGACCACCACCAGCCCCACCACCACCACCACCACCACCAGACCAACCAGCACCGCCCCAACCUCCACCACAGUCACGACCUCCACCUCCACCCCCACGACGACACCUACCCCGUCCUCCACCAGCGUGACCUCCACCACCACACACUCCACUACGCCCUGUGAAACCGAGGAGUGCUCCUGGAGCGAAUGGUUCGACGUCGACUUCCCCUCCUCGGGGCCCAGCCAGGGAGACUUUGAAACCUACCAGCACAUCCGGGCCGCCGGGAAGGAACUCUGUCAACGUCCAAAGGAAAUCGAGUGCCGGGCGGAGGACUACCCCGAGCUUCCCAUCCAAGACCUCGGACAGGUCGUGCAGUGCGACGUCCACUUUGGGCUGGUGUGCAAGAACGAGGACCAGACUGGCAAAUUUAAGAUGUGCCUCAACUACAAGAUCCGCGUCCUCUGCUGCACACUUCAGAACACUUGCCCAACCACCCUGCCGACCACCACCAGCCCCACCACCACCACCACCACCACCAGACCAACCAGCACCGCCCCAACCUCCACCACAGUCACGACCUCCACCUCCACGUCCUACUCCCCCACCACCCUGCCCACCUCCUCAGAAACCACAUCGCAAACCUACACCAGCACCACCAGCCCCACGACGACACCUACCCCGUCCUCCACCAGCGUGACCUCCACCACCACACACUCCACUACGCCCUGUGAAACCGAGGAGUGCUCCUGGAGCGAAUGGUUCGACGUCGACUUCCCCUCCUCGGGGCCCAGCCAGGGAGACUUUGAAACCUACCAGCACAUCCGGGCCGCCGGGAAGGAACUCUGUCAACGUCCAAAGGAAAUCGAGUGCCGGGCGGAGGACUACCCCGAGCUUCCCAUCCAAGACCUCGGACAGGUCGUGCAGUGCGACGUCCACUUUGGGCUGGUGUGCAAGAACGAGGACCAGACUGGCAAAUUUAAGAUGUGCCUCAACUACAAGAUCCGCGUCCUCUGCUGCACACUUCAGAACACUUGCCCCACCACCCUGCCGACCACCACCAGCCCCACCACCACCACCACCACCAGACCAACCAGCACCGCCCCAACCUCCACCACAGUCACGACCUCCACCUCCACGUCCUACUCCCCCACCACCCUGCCCACCUCCUCAGAAACCACAUCGCAAACCUACACCAGCACCACCAGCCCCACGACGACACCUACCCCCCCCACCACCACCACCACCACCAGACCAACCAGCACCGCCCCAACCUCCACCACAGUCACGACCGCCACCUCCACGUCCUACUCCCCCACCACCCUGCCCACCUCCUCAGAAACCACAUCGCAAACCUACACCAGCACCACCAGCCCCACGACGACACCUACCCCGUCCUCCACCAGCGUGACCUCCACCACCACACACUCCACUACGCCCUGUGAAACCGAGGAGUGCUCCUGGAGCGAAUGGUUCGACGUCGACUUCCCCUCCUCGGGGCCCAGCCAGGGAGACUUUGAAACCUACCAGCACAUCCGGGCCGCCGGGAAGGAACUCUGUCAACGUCCAAAGGAAAUCGAGUGCCGGGCGGAGGACUACCCCGAGCUUCCCAUCCAAGACCUCGGACAGGUCGUGCAGUGCGACGUCCACUUUGGGCUGGUGUGCAAGAACGAGGACCAGACUGGCAAAUUUAAGAUGUGCCUCAACUACAAGAUCCGCGUCCUCUGCUGCACACUUCAGAACACUUGCCCCACCACCCUGCCGACCACCACCAGCCCCACCACCACCACCACCACCAGACCAACCAGCACCGCCCCAACCUCCACCACAGUCACGACCUCCACCUCCACGUCCUACUCCCCCACCACCCUGCCCACCUCCUCAGAAACCACAUCGCAAACCUACACCAGCACCACCAGCCCCACGACGACACCUACCCCGUCCUCCACCAGCGUGACCUCCACCACCACACACUCCACUACGCCCUGUGAAACCGAGGAGUGCUCCUGGAGCGAAUGGUUCGACGUCGACUUCCCCUCCUCGGGGCCCAGCCAGGGAGACUUUGAAACCUACCAGCACAUCCGGGCCGCCGGGAAGGAACUCUGUCAACGUCCAAAGGAAAUCGAGUGCCGGGCGGAGGACUACCCCGAGCUUCCCAUCCAAGACCUCGGACAGGUCGUGCAGUGCGACGUCCACUUUGGGCUGGUGUGCAAGAACGAGGACCAGACUGGCAAAUUUAAGAUGUGCCUCAACUACAAGAUCCGCGUCCUCUGCUGCACACUUCAGAACACUUGCCCAACCACCCUGCCGACCACCACCAGCCCCACCACCACCACCACCACCACCAGACCAACCAGCACCGCCCCAACCUCCACCACAGUCACGACCUCCACCUCCACGUCCUACUCCCCCACCACCCUGCCCACCUCCUCAGAAACCACAUCGCAAACCUACACCAGCACCACCAGCCCCACGACGACACCUACCCCGUCCUCCACCAGCGUGACCUCCACCACCACACACUCCACUACGCCCUGUGAAACCGAGGAGUGCUCCUGGAGCGAAUGGUUCGACGUCGACUUCCCCUCCUCGGGGCCCAGCCAGGGAGACUUUGAAACCUACCAGCACAUCCGGGCCGCCGGGAAGGAACUCUGUCAACGUCCAAAGGAAAUCGAGUGCCGGGCGGAGGACUACCCCGAGCUUCCCAUCCAAGACCUCGGACAGGUCGUGCAGUGCGACGUCCACUUUGGGCUGGUGUGCAAGAACGAGGACCAGACUGGCAAAUUUAAGAUGUGCCUCAACUACAAGAUCCGCGUCCUCUGCUGCACACUUCAGAACACUUGCCCCACCACCCUGCCGACCACCACCAGCCCCACCACCACCACCACCACCAGACCAACCAGCACCGCCCCAACCUCCACCACAGUCACGACCUCCACCUCCACGUCCUACUCCCCCACCACCCUGCCCACCUCCUCAGAAACCACAUCGCAAACCUACACCAGCACCACCAGCCCCACGACGACACCUACCCCGUCCUCCACCAGCGUGACCUCCACCACCACACACUCCACUACGCCCUGUGAAACCGAGGAGUGCUCCUGGAGCGAAUGGUUCGACGUCGACUUCCCCUCCUCGGGGCCCAGCCAGGGAGACUUUGAAACCUACCAGCACAUCCGGGCCGCCGGGAAGGAACUCUGUCAACGUCCAAAGGAAAUCGAGUGCCGGGCGGAGGACUACCCCGAGCUUCCCAUCCAAGACCUCGGACAGGUCGUGCAGUGCGACGUCCACUUUGGGCUGGUGUGCAAGAACGAGGACCAGACUGGCAAAUUUAAGAUGUGCCUCAACUACAAGAUCCGCGUCCUCUGCUGCACACUUCAGAACACUUGCCCAACCACCCUGCCGACCACCACCAGCCCCACCACCACCACCACCACCAGACCAACCAGCACCGCCCCAACCUCCACCACAGUCACGACCUCCACCUCCACGUCCUACUCCCCCACCACCCUGCCCACCUCCUCAGAAACCACAUCGCAAACCUACACCAGCACCACCAGCCCCACGACGACACCUACCCCGUCCUCCACCAGCGUGACCUCCACCACCACACACUCCACUACGCCCUGUGAAACCGAGGAGUGCUCCUGGAGCGAAUGGUUCGACGUCGACUUCCCCUCCUCGGGGCCCAGCCAGGGAGACUUUGAAACCUACCAGCACAUCCGGGCCGCCGGGAAGGAACUCUGUCAACGUCCAAAGGAAAUUGAGUGCCGGGCGGAGGACUACCCCGAGCUUCCCAUCCAAGACCUCGGACAGGUCGUGCAGUGCGACGUCCACUUUGGGCUGGUGUGCAAGAACGAGGACCAGACUGGCAAAUUUAAGAUGUGCCUCAACUACAAGAUCCGCGUCCUCUGCUGCACACUUCAGAACACUUGCCCAACCACCCUGCCGACCACCACCAGCCCCACCACCACCACCAGACCAACCAGCACCGCCCCAACCUCCACCACAGUCACGACCUCCACCUCCACGUCCUACUCCCCCACCACCCUGCCCACCUCCUCAGAAACCACAUCGCAAACCUACACCAGCACCACCAGCCCCACGACGACACCUACCCCGUCCUCCACCAGCGUGACCUCCACCACCACACACUCCACUACGCCCUGUGAAACCGAGGAGUGCUCCUGGAGCGAAUGGUUCGACGUCGACUUCCCCUCCUCGGGGCCCAGCCAGGGAGACUUUGAAACCUACCAGCACAUCCGGGCUGCCGGGAAGGAACUCUGUCAACGUCCAAAGGAAAUCGAGUGCCGGGCGGAGGACUACCCCGAGCUUCCCAUCCAAGACCUCGGACAGGUCGUGCAGUGCGACGUCCACUUUGGGCUGGUGUGCAAGAACGAGGACCAGACUGGCAAAUUUAAGAUGUGCCUCAACUACAAGAUCCGCGUCCUCUGCUGCACACUUCAGAACACUUGCCCAACCACCCUGCCGACCACCACCACCAGCCCCACCACCACCACCACCACCACCAGACCAACCAGCACCGCCCCAACCUCCACCACAGUCACGACCUCCACCUCCACGUCCUACUCCCCCACCACCCUGCCCACCUCCUCAGAAACCACAUCGCAAACCUACACCAGCACCACCAGCCCCACGACGACACCUACCCCGUCCUCCACCAGCGUGACCUCCACCACCACACACUCCACUACGCCCUGUGAAACCGAGGAGUGCUCCUGGAGCGAAUGGUUCGACGUCGACUUCCCCUCCUCGGGGCCCAGCCAGGGAGACUUUGAAACCUACCAGCACAUCCGGGCCGCCGGGAAGGAACUCUGUCAACGUCCAAAGGAAAUUGAGUGCCGGGCGGAGGACUACCCCGAGCUUCCCAUCCAAGACCUCGGACAGGUCGUGCAGUGCGACGUCCACUUUGGGCUGGUGUGCAAGAACGAGGACCAGACUGGCAAAUUUAAGAUGUGCCUCAACUACAAGAUCCGCGUCCUCUGCUGCACACUUCAGAACACUUGCCCAACCACCCUGCCGACCACCACCAGCCCCACCACCACCACCAGACCAACCAGCACCGCCCCAACCUCCACCACAGUCACGACCUCCACCUCCACGUCCUACUCCCCCACCACCCUGCCCACCUCCUCAGAAACCACAUCGCAAACCUACACCAGCACCACCAGCCCCACGACGACACCUACCCCGUCCUCCACCAGCGUGACCUCCACCACCACACACUCCACUACGCCCUGUGAAACCGAGGAGUGCUCCUGGAGCGAAUGGUUCGACGUCGACUUCCCCUCCUCGGGGCCCAGCCAGGGAGACUUUGAAACCUACCAGCACAUCCGGGCCGCCGGGAAGGAACUCUGUCAACGUCCAAAGGAAAUCGAGUGCCGGGCGGAGGACUACCCCGAGCUUCCCAUCCAAGACCUCGGACAGGUCGUGCAGUGCGACGUCCACUUUGGGCUGGUGUGCAAGAACGAGGACCAGACUGGCAAAUUUAAGAUGUGCCUCAACUACAAGAUCCGCGUCCUCUGCUGCACACUUCAGAACACUUGCCCAACCACCCUGCCGACCACCACCAGCCCCACCACCACCACCACCACCAGACCAACCAGCACCGCCCCAACCUCCACCACAGUCACGACCUCCACCUCCACCCCCACGACGACACCUACCCCGUCCUCCACCAGCGUGACCUCCACCACCACACACUCCACUACGCCCUGUGAAACCGAGGAGUGCUCCUGGAGCGAAUGGUUCGACGUCGACUUCCCCUCCUCGGGGCCCAGCCAGGGAGACUUUGAAACCUACCAGCACAUCCGGGCCGCCGGGAAGGAACUCUGUCAACGUCCAAAGGAAAUCGAGUGCCGGGCGGAGGACUACCCCGAGCUUCCCAUCCAAGACCUCGGACAGGUCGUGCAGUGCGACGUCCACUUUGGGCUGGUGUGCAAGAACGAGGACCAGACUGGCAAAUUUAAGAUGUGCCUCAACUACAAGAUCCGCGUCCUCUGCUGCACACUUCAGAACACUUGCCCAACCACCCUGCCGACCACCACCACCAGCCCCACCACCACCACCACCACCAGACCAACCAGCACCGCCCCAACCUCCACCACAGUCACGACCUCCACCUCCACGUCCUACUCCCCCACCACCCUGCCCACCUCCUCAGAAACCACAUCGCAAACCUACACCAGCACCACCAGCCCCACGACGACACCUACCCCGUCCUCCACCAGCGUGACCUCCACCACCACACACUCCACUACGCCCUGUGAAACCGAGGAGUGCUCCUGGAGCGAAUGGUUCGACGUCGACUUCCCCUCCUCGGGGCCCAGCCAGGGAGACUUUGAAACCUACCAGCACAUCCGGGCCGCCGGGAAGGAACUCUGUCAACGUCCAAAGGAAAUCGAGUGCCGGGCGGAGGACUACCCCGAGCUUCCCAUCCAAGACCUCGGACAGGUCGUGCAGUGCGACGUCCACUUUGGGCUGGUGUGCAAGAACGAGGACCAGACUGGCAAAUUUAAGAUGUGCCUCAACUACAAGAUCCGCGUCCUCUGCUGCACACUUCAGAACACUUGCCCAACCACCCUGCCGACCACCACCAGCCCCACCACCACCACCACCACCAGACCAACCAGCACCACCCCAACCUCCACCACAGUCACGACCUCCACCUCCACGUCCUACUCCCCCACCACCCUGCCCACCUCCUCAGAAACCACAUCGCAAACCUACACCAGCACCACCAGCCCCACGACGACACCUACCCCGUCCUCCACCAGCGUGACCUCCACCACCACACACUCCACUACGCCCUGUGAAACCGAGGAGUGCUCCUGGAGCGAAUGGUUCGACGUCGACUUCCCCUCCUCGGGGCCCAGCCAGGGAGACUUUGAAACCUACCAGCACAUCCGGGCCGCCGGGAAGGAACUCUGUCAACGUCCAAAGGAAAUCGAGUGCCGGGCGGAGGACUACCCCGAGCUUCCCAUCCAAGACCUCGGACAGGUCGUGCAGUGCGACGUCCACUUUGGGCUGGUGUGCAAGAACGAGGACCAGACUGGCAAAUUUAAGAUGUGCCUCAACUACAAGAUCCGCGUCCUCUGCUGCACACUUCAGAACACUUGCCCAACCACCCUGCCGACCACCACCAGCCCCACCACCACCACCAGACCAACCAGCACCGCCCCAACAUCCACCACAGUCACGACCUCCACCUCCACGUCCUACUCCCCCACCACCCUGCCCACCUCCUCAGAAACCACAUCGCAAACCUACACCAGCACCACCAGCCCCACGACGACACCUACCCCGUCCUCCACCAGCGUGACCUCCACCACCACACACUCCACUACGCCCUGUGAAACCGAGGAGUGCUCCUGGAGCGAAUGGUUCGACGUCGACUUCCCCUCCUCGGGGCCCAGCCAGGGAGACUUUGAAACCUACCAGCACAUCCGGGCCGCCGGGAAGGAACUCUGUCAACGUCCAAAGGAAAUCGAGUGCCGGGCGGAGGACUACCCCGAGCUUCCCAUCCAAGACCUCGGACAGGUCGUGCAGUGCGACGUCCACUUUGGGCUGGUGUGCAAGAACGAGGACCAGACUGGCAAAUUUAAGAUGUGCCUCAACUACAAGAUCCGCGUCCUCUGCUGCACACUUCAGAACACUUGCCCCACCACCCUGCCGACCACCACCAGCCCCACCACCACCACCACCACCAGACCAACCAGCACCGCCCCAACCUCCACCACAGUCACGACCGCCACCUCCACGUCCUACUCCCCCACCACCCUGCCCACCUCCUCAGAAACCACAUCGCAAACCUACACCAGCACCACCAGCCCCACGACGACACCUACCCCGUCCUCCACCAGCGUGACCUCCACCACCACACACUCCACUACGCCCUGUGAAACCGAGGAGUGCUCCUGGAGCGAAUGGUUCGACGUCGACUUCCCCUCCUCGGGGCCCAGCCAGGGAGACUUUGAAACCUACCAGCACAUCCGGGCCGCCGGGAAGGAACUCUGUCAACGUCCAAAGGAAAUUGAGUGCCGGGCGGAGGACUACCCCGAGCUUCCCAUCCAAGACCUCGGACAGGUCGUGCAGUGCGACGUCCACUUUGGGCUGGUGUGCAAGAACGAGGACCAGACUGGCAAAUUUAAGAUGUGCCUCAACUACAAGAUCCGCGUCCUCUGCUGCACACUUCAGAACACUUGCCCAACCACCCUGCCGACCACCACCGGCCCCACCACCACCACCAGACCAACCAGCACCGCCCCAACCUCCACCACAGUCACGACCUCCACCUCCACGUCCUACUCCCCCACCACCCUGCCCACCUCCUCAGAAACCACAUCGCAAACCUACACCAGCACCACCAGCCCCACGACGACACCUACCCCGUCCUCCACCAGCGUGACCUCCACCACCACACACUCCACUACGCCCUGUGAAACCGAGGAGUGCUCCUGGAGCGAAUGGUUCGACGUCGACUUCCCCUCCUCGGGGCCCAGCCAGGGAGACUUUGAAACCUACCAGCACAUCCGGGCCGCCGGGAAGGAACUCUGUCAACGUCCAAAGGAAAUCGAGUGCCGGGCGGAGGACUACCCCGAGCUUCCCAUCCAAGACCUCGGACAGGUCGUGCAGUGCGACGUCCACUUUGGGCUGGUGUGCAAGAACGAGGACCAGACUGGCAAAUUUAAGAUGUGCCUCAACUACAAGAUCCGCGUCCUCUGCUGCACACUUCAGAACACUUGCCCAACCACCCUGCCGACCACCACCACCAGCCCCACCACCACCACCACCACCACCAGACCAACCAGCACCACCCCAACCUCCACCACAGUCACGACCUCCACCUCCACGUCCUACUCCCCCACCACCCUGCCCACCUCCUCAGAAACCACAUCGCAAACCUACACCAGCACCACCAGCCCCACGACGACACCUACCCCGUCCUCCACCAGCGUGACCUCCACCACCACACACUCCACUACGCCCUGUGAAACCGAGGAGUGCUCCUGGAGCGAAUGGUUCGACGUCGACUUCCCCUCCUCGGGGCCCAGCCAGGGAGACUUUGAAACCUACCAGCACAUCCGGGCCGCCGGGAAGGAACUCUGUCAACGUCCAAAGGAAAUCGAGUGCCGGGCGGAGGACUACCCCGAGCUUCCCAUCCAAGACCUCGGACAGGUCGUGCAGUGCGACGUCCACUUUGGGCUGGUGUGCAAGAACGAGGACCAGACUGGCAAAUUUAAGAUGUGCCUCAACUACAAGAUCCGCGUCCUCUGCUGCACACUUCAGAACACUUGCCCAACCACCCUGCCGACCACCACCACCAGCCCCACCACCACCACCACCACCACCAGACCAACCAGCACCGCCCCAACCUCCACCACAGUCACGACCUCCACCUCCACGUCCUACUCCCCCACCACCCUGCCCACCUCCUCAGAAACCACAUCGCAAACCUACACCAGCACCACCAGCCCCACGACGACACCUACCCCGUCCUCCACCAGCGUGACCUCCACCACCACACACUCCACUACGCCCUGUGAAACCGAGGAGUGCUCCUGGAGCGAAUGGUUCGACGUCGACUUCCCCUCCUCGGGGCCCAGCCAGGGAGACUUUGAAACCUACCAGCACAUCCGGGCCGCCGGGAAGGAACUCUGUCAACGUCCAAAGGAAAUCGAGUGCCGGGCGGAGGACUACCCCGAGCUUCCCAUCCAAGACCUCGGACAGGUCGUGCAGUGCGACGUCCACUUUGGGCUGGUGUGCAAGAACGAGGACCAGACUGGCAAAUUUAAGAUGUGCCUCAACUACAAGAUCCGCGUCCUCUGCUGCACACUUCAGAACACUUGCCCAACCACCCUGCCGACCACCACCACCAGCCCCACCACCACCACCACCACCACCAGACCAACCAGCACCACCCCAACCUCCACCACAGUCACGACCUCCACCUCCACGUCCUACUCCCCCACCACCCUGCCCACCUCCUCAGAAACCACAUCGCAAACCUACACCAGCACCACCAGCCCCACGACGACACCUACCCCGUCCUCCACCAGCGUGACCUCCACCACCACACACUCCACUACGCCCUGUGAAACCGAGGAGUGCUCCUGGAGCGAAUGGUUCGACGUCGACUUCCCCUCCUCGGGGCCCAGCCAGGGAGACUUUGAAACCUACCAGCACAUCCGGGCCGCCGGGAAGGAACUCUGUCAACGUCCAAAGGAAAUCGAGUGCCGGGCGGAGGACUACCCCGAGCUUCCCAUCCAAGACCUCGGACAGGUCGUGCAGUGCGACGUCCACUUUGGGCUGGUGUGCAAGAACGAGGACCAGACUGGCAAAUUUAAGAUGUGCCUCAACUACAAGAUCCGCGUCCUCUGCUGCACACUUCAGAACACUUGCCCAACCACCCUGCCGACCACCACCACCAGCCCCACCACCACCACCACCACCACCAGACCAACCAGCACCGCCCCAACCUCCACCACAGUCACGACCUCCACCUCCACGUCCUACUCCCCCACCACCCUGCCCACCUCCUCAGAAACCACAUCGCAAACCUACACCAGCACCACCAGCCCCACGACGACACCUACCCCGUCCUCCACCAGCGUGACCUCCACCACCACACACUCCACUACGCCCUGUGAAACCGAGGAGUGCUCCUGGAGCGAAUGGUUCGACGUCGACUUCCCCUCCUCGGGGCCCAGCCAGGGAGACUUUGAAACCUACCAGCACAUCCGGGCCGCCGGGAAGGAACUCUGUCAACGUCCAAAGGAAAUCGAGUGCCGGGCGGAGGACUACCCCGAGCUUCCCAUCCAAGACCUCGGACAGGUCGUGCAGUGCGACGUCCACUUUGGGCUGGUGUGCAAGAACGAGGACCAGACUGGCAAAUUUAAGAUGUGCCUCAACUACAAGAUCCGCGUCCUCUGCUGCACACUUCAGAACACUUGCCCAACCACCCUGCCGACCACCACCAGCCCCACCACCACCACCACCACCACCACCAGACCAACCAGCACCGCCCCAACCUCCACCACAGUCACGACCGCCACCUCCACGUCCUACUCCCCCACCACCCUGCCCACCUCCUCAGAAACCACAUCGCAAACCUACACCAGCACCACCAGCCCCACGACGACACCUACCCCGUCCUCCACCAGCGUGACCUCCACCACCACACACUCCACUACGCCCUGUGAAACCGAGGAGUGCUCCUGGAGCGAAUGGUUCGACGUCGACUUCCCCUCCUCGGGGCCCAGCCAGGGAGACUUUGAAACCUACCAGCACAUCCGGGCCGCCGGGAAGGAACUCUGUCAACGUCCAAAGGAAAUCGAGUGCCGGGCGGAGGACUACCCCGAGCUUCCCAUCCAAGACCUCGGACAGGUCGUGCAGUGCGACGUCCACUUUGGGCUGGUGUGCAAGAACGAGGACCAGACUGGCAAAUUUAAGAUGUGCCUCAACUACAAGAUCCGCGUCCUCUGCUGCACACUUCAGAACACUUGCCCAACCACCCUGCCGACCACCACCAGCCCCACCACCACCACCACCACCAGACCAACCAGCACCGCCCCAACCUCCACCACAGUCACGACCUCCACCUCCACGUCCUACUCCCCCACCACCCUGCCCACCUCCUCAGAAACCACAUCGCAAACCUACACCAGCACCACCAGCCCCACGACGACACCUACCCCGUCCUCCACCAGCGUGACCUCCACCACCACACACUCCACUACGCCCUGUGAAACCGAGGAGUGCUCCUGGAGCGAAUGGUUCGACGUCGACUUCCCCUCCUCGGGGCCCAGCCAGGGAGACUUUGAAACCUACCAGCACAUCCGGGCCGCCGGGAAGGAACUCUGUCAACGUCCAAAGGAAAUCGAGUGCCGGGCGGAGGACUACCCCGAGCUUCCCAUCCAAGACCUCGGACAGGUCGUGCAGUGCGACGUCCACUUUGGGCUGGUGUGCAAGAACGAGGACCAGACUGGCAAAUUUAAGAUGUGCCUCAACUACAAGAUCCGCGUCCUCUGCUGCACACUUCAGAACACUUGCCCAACCACCCUGCCGACCACCACCACCAGCCCCACCACCACCACCACCAGACCAACCAGCACCGCCCCAACCUCCACCACAGUCACGACCUCCACCUCCACCCCCACGACGACACCUACCCCGUCCUCCACCAGCGUGACCUCCACCACCACACACUCCACUACGCCCUGUGAAACCGAGGAGUGCUCCUGGAGCGAAUGGUUCGACGUCGACUUCCCCUCCUCGGGGCCCAGCCAGGGAGACUUUGAAACCUACCAGCACAUCCGGGCCGCCGGGAAGGAACUCUGUCAACGUCCAAAGGAAAUCGAGUGCCGGGCGGAGGACUACCCCGAGCUUCCCAUCCAAGACCUCGGACAGGUCGUGCAGUGCGACGUCCACUUUGGGCUGGUGUGCAAGAACGAGGACCAGACUGGCAAAUUUAAGAUGUGCCUCAACUACAAGAUCCGCGUCCUCUGCUGCACACUUCAGAACACUUGCCCAACCACCCUGCCGACCACCACCACCAGCCCCACCACCACCACCACCACCAGACCAACCAGCACCGCCCCAACCUCCACCACAGUCACGACCUCCACCUCCACGUCCUACUCCCCCACCACCCUGCCCACCUCCUCAGAAACCACAUCGCAAACCUACACCAGCACCACCAGCCCCACGACGACACCUACCCUGUCCUCCACCAGCGUGACCUCCACCACCACACACUCCACUACGCCCUGUGAAACCGAGGAGUGCUCCUGGAGCGAAUGGUUCGACGUCGACUUCCCCUCCUCGGGGCCCAGCCAGGGAGACUUUGAAACCUACCAGCACAUCCGGGCCGCCGGGAAGGAACUCUGUCAACGUCCAAAGGAAAUUGAGUGCCGGGCGGAGGACUACCCCGAGCUUCCCAUCCAAGACCUCGGACAGGUCGUGCAGUGCGACGUCCACUUUGGGCUGGUGUGCAAGAACGAGGACCAGACUGGCAAAUUUAAGAUGUGCCUCAACUACAAGAUCCGCGUCCUCUGCUGCACACUUCAGAACACUUGCCCCACCACCCUGCCGACCACCACCACCAGCCCCACCACCACCACCACCACCACCAGACCAACCAGCACCGCCCCAACCUCCACCACAGUCACGACCUCCACCUCCACCCCCACGACGACACCUACCCCGUCCUCCACCAGCGUGACCUCCACCACCACACACUCCACUACGCCCUGUGAAACCGAGGAGUGCUCCUGGAGCGAAUGGUUCGACGUCGACUUCCCCUCCUCGGGGCCCAGCCAGGGAGACUUUGAAACCUACCAGCACAUCCGGGCCGCCGGGAAGGAACUCUGUCAACGUCCAAAGGAAAUCGAGUGCCGGGCGGAGGACUACCCCGAGCUUCCCAUCCAAGACCUCGGACAGGUCGUGCAGUGCGACGUCCACUUUGGGCUGGUGUGCAAGAACGAGGACCAGACUGGCAAAUUUAAGAUGUGCCUCAACUACAAGAUCCGCGUCCUCUGCUGCACACUUCAGAACACUUGCCCAACCACCCUGCCGACCACCACCACCAGCCCCACCACCACCACCACCACCAGACCAACCAGCACCGCCCCAACCUCCACCACAGUCACGACCUCCACCUCCACGUCCUACUCCCCCACCACCCUGCCCACCUCCUCAGAAACCACAUCGCAAACCUACACCAGCACCACCAGCCCCACGACGACACCUACCCUGUCCUCCACCAGCGUGACCUCCACCACCACACACUCCACUACGCCCUGUGAAACCGAGGAGUGCUCCUGGAGCGAAUGGUUCGACGUCGACUUCCCCUCCUCGGGGCCCAGCCAGGGAGACUUUGAAACCUACCAGCACAUCCGGGCCGCCGGGAAGGAACUCUGUCAACGUCCAAAGGAAAUUGAGUGCCGGGCGGAGGACUACCCCGAGCUUCCCAUCCAAGACCUCGGACAGGUCGUGCAGUGCGACGUCCACUUUGGGCUGGUGUGCAAGAACGAGGACCAGACUGGCAAAUUUAAGAUGUGCCUCAACUACAAGAUCCGCGUCCUCUGCUGCACACUUCAGAACACUUGCCCCACCACCCUGCCGACCACCACCACCAGCCCCACCACCACCACCACCACCACCAGACCAACCAGCACCGCCCCAACCUCCACCACAGUCACGACCUCCACCUCCACGUCCUACUCCCCCACCACCCUGCCCACCUCCUCAGAAACCACAUCGCAAACCUACACCAGCACCACCAGCCCCACGACGACACCUACCCCGUCCUCCACCAGCGUGACCUCCACCACCACACACUCCACUACGCCCUGUGAAACCGAGGAGUGCUCCUGGAGCGAAUGGUUCGACGUCGACUUCCCCUCCUCGGGGCCCAGCCAGGGAGACUUUGAAACCUACCAGCACAUCCGGGCCGCCGGGAAGGAACUCUGUCAACGUCCAAAGGAAAUCGAGUGCCGGGCGGAGGACUACCCCGAGCUUCCCAUCCAAGACCUCGGACAGGUCGUGCAGUGCGACGUCCACUUUGGGCUGGUGUGCAAGAACGAGGACCAGACUGGCAAAUUUAAGAUGUGCCUCAACUACAAGAUCCGCGUCCUCUGCUGCACACUUCAGAACACUUGCCCAACCACCCUGCCGACCACCACCAGCCCCACCACCACCACCACCACCAGACCAACCAGCACCGCCCCAACCUCCACCACAGUCACGACCUCCACCUCCACGUCCUACUCCCCCACCACCCUGCCCACCUCCUCAGAAACCACAUCGCAAACCUACACCAGCACCACCAGCCCCACGACGACACCUACCCCGUCCUCCACCAGCGUGACCUCCACCACCACACACUCCACUACGCCCUGUGAAACCGAGGAGUGCUCCUGGAGCGAAUGGUUCAACGUCGACUUCCCCUCCUCGGGGCCCAGCCAGGGAGACUUUGAAACCUACCAGCACAUCCGGGCCGCCGGGAAGGAACUCUGUCAACGUCCAAAGGAAAUCGAGUGCCGGGCGGAGGACUACCCCGAGCUUCCCAUCCAAGACCUCGGACAGGUCGUGCAGUGCGACGUCCACUUUGGGCUGGUGUGCAAGAACGAGGACCAGACUGGCAAAUUUAAGAUGUGCCUCAACUACAAGAUCCGCGUCCUCUGCUGCACACUUCAGAACACUUGCCCAACCACCCUGCCGACCACCACCAGCCCCACCACCACCACCAGACCAACCAGCACCGCCCCAACCUCCACCACAGUCACGACCUCCACCUCCACCCCCACGACGACACCUACCCCGUCCUCCACCAGCGUGACCUCCACCACCACACACUCCACUACGCCCUGUGAAACCGAGGAGUGCUCCUGGAGCGAAUGGUUCGACGUCGACUUCCCCUCCUCGGGGCCCAGCCAGGGAGACUUUGAAACCUACCAGCACAUCCGGGCCGCCGGGAAGGAACUCUGUCAACGUCCAAAGGAAAUCGAGUGCCGGGCGGAGGACUACCCCGAGCUUCCCAUCCAAGACCUCGGACAGGUCGUGCAGUGCGACGUCCACUUUGGGCUGGUGUGCAAGAACGAGGACCAGACUGGCAAAUUUAAGAUGUGCCUCAACUACAAGAUCCGCGUCCUCUGCUGCACACUUCAGAACACUUGCCCAACCACCCUGCCGACCACCACCAGCCCCACCACCACCACCACCACCACCACCAGACCAACCAGCACCGCCCCAACAUCCACCACAGUCACGACCUCCACCUCCACGUCCUACUCCCCCACCACCCUGCCCACCUCCUCAGAAACCACAUCGCAAACCUACACCAGCACCACCAGCCCCACGACGACACCUACCCCGUCCUCCACCAGCGUGACCUCCACCACCACACACUCCACUACGCCCUGUGAAACCGAGGAGUGCUCCUGGAGCGAAUGGUUCGACGUCGACUUCCCCUCCUCGGGGCCCAGCCAGGGAGACUUUGAAACCUACCAGCACAUCCGGGCCGCCGGGAAGGAACUCUGUCAACGUCCAAAGGAAAUCGAGUGCCGGGCGGAGGACUACCCCGAGCUUCCCAUCCAAGACCUCGGACAGGUCGUGCAGUGCGACGUCCACUUUGGGCUGGUGUGCAAGAACGAGGACCAGACUGGCAAAUUUAAGAUGUGCCUCAACUACAAGAUCCGCGUCCUCUGCUGCACACUUCAGAACACUUGCCCAACCACCCUGCCGACCACCACCAGCCCCACCACCACCACCACCACCAGACCAACCAGCACCGCCCCAACCUCCACCACAGUCACGACCUCCACCUCCACCCCCACGACGACACCUACCCCGUCCUCCACCAGCGUGACCUCCACCACCACACACUCCACUACGCCCUGUGAAACCGAGGAGUGCUCCUGGAGCGAAUGGUUCGACGUCGACUUCCCCUCCUCGGGGCCCAGCCAGGGAGACUUUGAAACCUACCAGCACAUCCGGGCCGCCGGGAAGGAACUCUGUCAACGUCCAAAGGAAAUCGAGUGCCGGGCGGAGGACUACCCCGAGCUUCCCAUCCAAGACCUCGGACAGGUCGUGCAGUGCGACGUCCACUUUGGGCUGGUGUGCAAGAACGAGGACCAGACUGGCAAAUUUAAGAUGUGCCUCAACUACAAGAUCCGCGUCCUCUGCUGCACACUUCAGAACACUUGCCCAACCACCCUGCCGACCACCACCAGCCCCACCACCACCACCAGACCAACCAGCACCGCCCCAACAUCCACCACAGUCACGACCUCCACCUCCACGUCCUACUCCCCCACCACCCUGCCCACCUCCUCAGAAACCACAUCGCAAACCUACACCAGCACCACCAGCCCCACGACGACACCUACCCCGUCCUCCACCAGCGUGACCUCCACCACCACACACUCCACUACGCCCUGUGAAACCGAGGAGUGCUCCUGGAGCGAAUGGUUCGACGUCGACUUCCCCUCCUCGGGGCCCAGCCAGGGAGACUUUGAAACCUACCAGCACAUCCGGGCCGCCGGGAAGGAACUCUGUCAACGUCCAAAGGAAAUCGAGUGCCGGGCGGAGGACUACCCCGAGCUUCCCAUCCAAGACCUCGGACAGGUCGUGCAGUGCGACGUCCACUUUGGGCUGGUGUGCAAGAACGAGGACCAGACUGGCAAAUUUAAGAUGUGCCUCAACUACAAGAUCCGCGUCCUCUGCUGCACACUUCAGAACACUUGCCCAACCACCCUGCCGACCACCACCAGCCCCACCACCACCACCACCACCACCACCAGACCAACCAGCACCGCCCCAACCUCCACCACAGUCACGACCGCCACCUCCACGUCCUACUCCCCCACCACCCUGCCCACCUCCUCAGAAACCACAUCGCAAACCUACACCAGCACCACCAGCCCCACGACGACACCUACCCCGUCCUCCACCAGCGUGACCUCCACCACCACACACUCCACUACGCCCUGUGAAACCGAGGAGUGCUCCUGGAGCGAAUGGUUCGACGUCGACUUCCCCUCCUCGGGGCCCAGCCAGGGAGACUUUGAAACCUACCAGCACAUCCGGGCCGCCGGGAAGGAACUCUGUCAACGUCCAAAGGAAAUCGAGUGCCGGGCGGAGGACUACCCCGAGCUUCCCAUCCAAGACCUCGGACAGGUCGUGCAGUGCGACGUCCACUUUGGGCUGGUGUGCAAGAACGAGGACCAGACUGGCAAAUUUAAGAUGUGCCUCAACUACAAGAUCCGCGUCCUCUGCUGCACACUUCAGAACACUUGCCCAACCACCCUGCCGACCACCACCAGCCCCACCACCACCACCACCACCAGACCAACCAGCACCGCCCCAACCUCCACCACAGUCACGACCUCCACCUCCACGUCCUACUCCCCCACCACCCUGCCCACCUCCUCAGAAACCACAUCGCAAACCUACACCAGCACCACCAGCCCCACGACGACACCUACCCCGUCCUCCACCAGCGUGACCUCCACCACCACACACUCCACUACGCCCUGUGAAACCGAGGAGUGCUCCUGGAGCGAAUGGUUCGACGUCGACUUCCCCUCCUCAGGGCCCAGCCAGGGAGACUUUGAAACCUACCAGCACAUCCGGGCCGCCGGGAAGGAACUCUGUCAACGUCCAAAGGAAAUCGAGUGCCGGGCGGAGGACUACCCCGAGCUUCCCAUCCAAGACCUCGGACAGGUCGUGCAGUGCGACGUCCACUUUGGGCUGGUGUGCAAGAACGAGGACCAGACUGGCAAAUUUAAGAUGUGCCUCAACUACAAGAUCCGCGUCCUCUGCUGCACACUUCAGAACACUUGCCCAACCACCCUGCCGACCACCACCACCAGCCCCACCACCACCACCACCACCAGACCAACCAGCACCGCCCCAACCUCCACCACAGUCACGACCUCCACCUCCACAUCCUACUCCCCCACCACCCUGCCCACCUCCUCAGAAACCACAUCGCAAACCUACACCAGUACCACCAGCCCCACGACGACACCUACCCCGUCCUCCACCAGCGUGACCUCCACCACCACACACUCCACUACGCCCUGUGAAACCGAGGAGUGCUCCUGGAGCGAAUGGUUCGACGUCGACUUCCCCUCCUCGGGGCCCAGCCAGGGAGACUUUGAAACCUACCAGCACAUCCGGGCCGCCGGGAAGGAACUCUGUCAACGUCCAAAGGAAAUCGAGUGCCGGGCGGAGGACUACCCCGAGCUUCCCAUCCAAGACCUCGGACAGGUCGUGCAGUGCGACGUCCACUUUGGGCUGGUGUGCAAGAACGAGGACCAGACUGGCAAAUUUAAGAUGUGCCUCAACUACAAGAUCCGCGUCCUCUGCUGCACACUUCAGAACACUUGCCCAACCACCCUGCCGACCACCACCACCAGCCCCACCACCACCACCACCACCAGACCAACCAGCACCGCCCCAACCUCCACCACAGUCACGACCUCCACCUCCACGUCCUACUCCCCCACCACCCUGCCCACCUCCUCAGAAACCACAUCGCAAACCUACACCAGCACCACCAGCCCCACGACGACACCUACCCCGUCCUCCACCAGCGUGACCUCCCCAACCUGUAGUCCUAACUCUAAUUGCCAAACUACCUUGCCCAGCACUACUAGCGUUACCACUGUUACUACUACAUCUGUACCAUGCUGCACUAACACUUCUUCUACCAUUGUUUCGCCAUGUUUCUGUAAAAUUCAGGAUGAAAUUUUUUCACCUGGUUAG